AUGCCAGGCAAAACAAAACAGGGAAGUGCGAUAUCCACACCACUACAGUCUACCAGACAACGGUGCUGGGCUAGUCAAGGGGUUAAACAUGGUGCAGAUGGUGCAGAAAGUAGUUCAAGGGCAAGUGUUGCGAUAUCGCUGCUGAAAGGGCCAUUGUCGCUGGUUGUUGGAUGGGAGGUUUUUUUGCGGCCGGCAGAAAGACACCGGAAAAGGGCGAACAGAUCCCUGCAACCACUUGCGAAUUACGAUCUACGCCUUAUUCCCCUUGAUCAGAUCUCUCCUCAGCCUGCAUUUCAUGGUCGGAACUGGGGGGGGAGAUGUUCACGAUCUCGUGUCAGGAGAGCAACCCUCUCUUCCAACCAACAUCCCCGCCCUUCCCGGGAUCUGAGAAAGUAUCAGCAGAAAAGUCCUCAAGCAUUGAAUGGCGCUCGUUUGAUCGGGAAGUUGUCAUGGACCACUACCACUACCACCGCCACCAACAAGACCAGGAACUCUAAUCCUGGCCAGACCAGAAGGAUUGCAUGCCAAUCAAGCCCGGACGACGCCAACGUGGGGGGCGAUCCCAACACGCCAGGAGUGAAUCUGGCGCCGUUAGCGCCGGGGCAGAUUCCUGGAAAUGUCAGGGCACACACUCUAAUGAGAUGGCCCGGGACACAGUCAUCAUAG